AAUGAGAGUCAGCAUAUUGUUAUUAGGCAUAUUAAUGUUGGGGACAUUUGCUUAAGAUAAUGAAGUUGUUAUCUAAUUAUUGGCUGAAUUAAGACAGGAAGCAGUUGAUUAAUUGGCACUUUUGCAUGCAAGAUUCUAACCAAUCAAGUAAGCAAAAUUAGAUUAAAUUGCAGUGAUUUAGUAAGCAAUUUCAGAACAAAAUGGAGAAUGUUACAACAGAUAACAAGAUGUAAUAAGCAUAUGAUAAAUUUGUUUAGGUUGAAGCUAAGCAAAAUGAAAUAGAUUUGGCUAAUGAAUUUAAAAAUUGGAUGAAAGCAAGAUAAGAAAGUAAUAAUAAUCGUAUUGGUGUACUUUCAACAAAUGUGUGCGAAAAGAAUAAUAAUUCUUUGAAUAAGGUGAAAAAUGGUAGAGUACUUUUGAGAUUGAUUGCUUAUUUAAGAGCAACUUUGUAAGCAUAAUUAUCAACAUCAUUUGCAGAAGUUAAGGAGAACACAAUUUCUGAGAUAUCUCAUAUUGUUACUGCUUAUAAAGAAUAUAGAAAGAUGAAUAUGCUAUAGACAAAACAAGAGGAAGUUGAGUUGAAUGGCACAAUUGAAUAAUUAAUUGAAAUGCUCAAUUAGAUGGAGAGAGAAAUUUAAGAUGAUGUAGCUAAUGGUUAAAAUGGUUAAGUUUAGAUUGGAGUUACAUUCUCUGAAUUUAAAGUGAGGAUUGAGAAAGAAAAUGAUAUUUUCAAUAGAUAAAUUGAAGUUUAAGAUGAUUUAAUAACUGUACUUAAAAUCUAUCAUAUUCCUAUAGCAUUUCUAAAAUCAAUUGACUACCUUAUAUGGCAGAGUUGAUAAAUGUUAAUCCAGAUUAAAGGAAAUAGAAUAUACACUUUUAGUUGCCGAAGAGGAUUUGAAAUAUGAUCAAUAAUGGGUAGAUGAAGAUAGAUUAAAAUUGGAAGAAGAAAUAGAAUUAUUCGACUGGCUUAUUAAACAUUAUUAAACUGGCAAUUUUGAUGAUGAAGUCGAUCAAAAUGCAACUGAUUCAACUGAUGGAUCUAGUGAUGGAUAAUCUGUAAAUUAUAAGCAUAUAUAUAUAUUAGGAUUUAAAUGGAAAUGAUAGAGAUGGAGUCAUUGAUUAUACUCCAUUAAAAGAAGUAUCUAAUGCUUGGAGUUCUGAAGAUGAAGAUAACGAUAACAAUAACAAUCAAAAUAAUUAAAAUGACGAUUCUACAGAUUAAGAAGAUAGAGGAGAUGUAAUUGAUUACACACCUUAUGAAGAAAAAGAUGUUGAUUGGGAUUCCUUAUUGUAGAAAAAACAAAAUAAAAAUCAUCAUUAAUCAAAAAAACAUCAUACUCACAAGGCCAAAAAAUGAUUUAUUCAUCAAAUCAUAGCUUAUUAAAUAUAAAAUCUUCA